AUGAUUGUAAGUGUUUCUAGUCCUACAAUCCAGAGCAUUUAUUCACAGCCCUUUAAACAUUUGUCAACGUAUACAUCAGUUUCAAGCGCUUCUUCCGCAUUUCAGAGCUUCCACUUGGUUUCUUACGAUCAAACUGAUCCGCCAAUGACGCCCACCGAUUAUUAUAGUGUUCUUGGCAUCAGGAAUGACGCAACGCAAGAACACAUCGAAGAGGCAUUCCAUGGCAUAGGAGAGAGAUUUUGCCAUCACGGCCAGCAUGAGUUACCUAGCAAAUUCGAAAAGUAUCCGAUUGGAAUCAUACUAGCCAGUUCAUCCAAACUCCAGAUUUCAGAUGGGACAUUGAUCAACCAGUCUUCAAUUCAUCAUCCAAUGCAGAUCACAAAAGCUUACGAAGUUCUCAGUGACCCCCUUCAGCGCGCGCGAUACGACAAAUCAAGACAAUCCGUGGUCAAGGCUAUGUUAGUGGCUAAGAGCUUGCGCCUCCGCAAAUUCUCGGCAUGGGACAGAGAGUCCAAGGAGGAUCUGCCAUCAGCGAUCGCAAUGGUGAGCGUCAAACAAAAGCUGAAAGAAAAGUUGAAGAAGGGCAAGAAUCGAUUGAACGCGGCUUUGGAGACAACGGCGCACAAGGCGAAAGAGGCUGAGGCGCGACGCAAGUCUCGGUGGCUUGAAGUGCUUGCAACUCCCCAAAAAGAGAAUUUCUACCAGCAACCGACAAUGCCACAACCUCAACUUCAAGAGCCUCAGAACGAAUACUAUGCAGAAGAGAACUCUGAGACCCUGAUGUCUUAUGAAGACUUUGAUAAUGCCCCCAAAGACUACCAGCUUCAGAAUCGAGCUGCUAUUGACUUCUACACUAGGGAUUCGCACAACUUCAAUGAGGCUACAGAACCGAGAGAGGUGAAAAUGCCAAGCCUGCCCAACAAGGCGCGGCUUAGCCCUCUUGGGCGACAACCGAUAUGCAUAGAAGACGAGCCUCAUGGGUGGAAGGGAUGGUAUCCAACUAACAACGGCCAUACACCUCCCGGAUGUCCCAUUUGCGAGAACUUUGAUUCGAAGUUUUUCUGUACGAGGUGCAACGCCACAAGUUGCAUGAUGUGCAGGCUUACUUAG